UUCCUCACAAAACGCGUGACGUCAUCCGCUGUAAUAGAUCCGCUGCACUGUUCUUUGGGGCGAAGCUAUAAAGGCAAAUGCUAUUUUGAGGUGUAUUUCUCUCGAGCUCUUAUUACGGGACAGAAGUAAAAAAUCACUGGAAAGAAAUGGCAGAAUCAGCAGCAAGUCGGUUUGUGGAUCAGUUCAGCUGUCCAGUCUGUUUGGAUGGACUGAAGGAGCCGGUGACGAUUCCCUGUGGACACAGUUACUGUAUGAGCUGCAUUACUGACUGCUGGGGCCAGGAGGAGCAGGGACCGCCGUACUGCUGUCCCCAAUGCAGAGAGAGCUUCAGUCAGAGACCUCUACUGAAGAAGAACACUCUGAUAGCGGAGAUGAUGGAGACGCUGCAGAAGACGUCUCUACAAACGGCUGCUGUGGAGUGUGAUGUUUGCACUACAGAGAAGAGCAGAGCUGUUAAGUCCUGUCUGCAGUGCUUGGCCUCCUUCUGUCAAACUCACCUGCAGCUUCACUAUCAAUCUCCUGCGUUUAUGAAGCACAAACUAGUCGAAGCCUCUAGAAACAUUCAGGAGAACAUCUGCCCCAGUCAUGGGAAACUUCUGGAGAUCUACUGUCAGGACGACCAUCAGUGCAUUUGUUGUUUGUGUACUGAUGAUCAUAAAGGACACAGUGUGGUGUCUGUGGAUUCAGAAUGGACUAGGAAAAAGGAAGAGUUAAAGGAGUUAAAAGAGACGUGCCACAAACUGGUCCAGGAACGAGAGAGAGGGAAGCAGGAACUCGGCGACGCUCUGAAACUUCUUAAAAGUUCAGCGCUAGAGACCAUGGAGAACGUCGAGAAGGUCUUCACUGAGCUCAUCUGCUCUCUUGAGAAGAAACGCUCUGAGAUUAAAGAGCAGAUCAGAGCUCAGGAGAAGACAGAGAUAGAUCGAGCAGAGGAACUUCACAGACAUCUGGAUCAAGAGCUGACAGAACUCAGAAAAAGACAAGCUGAGAUUGAAAAACUUCUGAUUACUGAGGAUCAGGUCAAUUUUCUGAAGAGCUGUCAAUCUGUGUGUGUUUUACCGACAUUUGAAAACGUUCCCAUCACUCAGCACACUCACCUGUAUUUUAAAGAUGUUUCAAUCUCAAUAUUUAAGGAGGUUUUGGAGGACGUCUGUCAACAACAAACAGCGAAAAUAUCACAACAAGUGUCAAAAGUCUGUGUUGCCAAGACCCAAAAUGAUUUUUUGCAGUAUUUCUGUGAUCUUCACCUGGAUCCAAACACUACAAACAAUGCCCUCAAACUAUCUGAGGACAACAGGAAAGUAUCAUUUACAUAUAAAAAACAGCAUUAUCCUGAUCACCCGGAGCGAUUUGAUAGAUAUGUGAAUGUCAUGUGUCGAGAAGGUUUGUGUGGUCGUGGUUACUGGGAGGUCGAGUGCACUGGAAAGCAAUGGGCUGUAGCAGUUUGUUACAAAGGAAUUGGACGUAAAGGAGACAGUGAUGAGUGUAGACUUGGUGACAACAAAAAGUCCUGGCGUUUCAGCUUUUAUCUACAAAAUUUCUAUUUCACACAUGACAAAAAGAAAGUCUCAGUCCCUGCUGUCUGCUCCUCUAGAGUAGGAGUGUAUCUGGAUCAUGGAGCAGGAAGUCUGUCCUUCUACAGUGUCUCUGACAAAAUGACCCUCCUUCACAGAGUCCAGACCACUUUCACUGAACCCUUAUACCCUGCGUUUUUUGCUGGUUAUGGCUCAUCUGUCAGGAUCAUAGAAGAGCAGAAUUUGAAAAUAUAAUUCAUCAGAAAAUAUUAAAUAAGAUAUUUUAGGGCAUUGGUUCCCUUGUUCCUGGAGGCCGCCCAACGCUGCACAUUUUGUGUCGCUCCUUUGUUUGACAAACUCAAUUCAGAUCUUGGAGUCUCUACUACUGAACUGAUCAUCUGAAUCAGGUGUGUCUAAGGAAACCUAUAAUGUUGGGGGGCCUUCAGAAACGUGGUUGGGAACCACUGGCUCAGGGCAUCCAUUUGGCAGGUGUGGCACUAGGACGGGGCUUGAUGGGGGUAUAGCUCCAACAGAAAAUUUAAACGAAAACGCACAAGUGUAAACGUAUCAGUCUGAAGUUCAGGAUGGAGAGGAAUAACUGCUGUCUGUCUUCACCAUACACUGUAUAAAAGGUCGUCACACAGAGUAGCAACUCUUAAAAAAAUAACUUAAGGAAAUAGUUUUAUGAAUUAUCUGAAAUAUAUCUUUUGUAAAAAUAAAAAAAUAAAUAAAAAAAAUUGAAUUUACGUUUUCCUGCAAUGACACUUGAUGGUCAAAAAUGUAUAAAUAAAUGCAUAAUAUAUAAAUAUAAAAUAAAAAACAUUACAUCGUAUUUUAAGUAAAAUAUCACAACAUAAACAAGAACAUAACAUUUGAUAAAUGUACAUCGGAUACAGCGCAGAAUAGUUUGAAAUCAACAAUGUAGAGCUUGACUAGUGACUGGUCACAAGGUCUAAAGAACAUAUUGAUUUUUUUAUUAACAAUUAAAAAUAAAACAAAACACUAAGGGAAGAACACAGGGUCUAAGUGAAAACAACAAUCAAUGACAGAGAGCACAGGUAGAAUAAACAGGGAAGGAAAGGGUAACACAACAGUGUCUACAGGAGAACACACAAACAAUCAAAAACAAGCCAUGUCUUGUUCACACUGAACAUGACGACUCAAGAUCACGUGACCAGGGGUGUAUUCCAGUAGUAGGUUGUGUGUCAUGCCCGGGUGUUUAAGGGUAAGUUAGCAGAUAAACUCAGCUUUUGGUUCCAUAUAUAGCCUAUAUAUUAUAAAACACUAUUAUAACAAGGUAAUAUUUAUAUUUUAUAUCACACAUCAUGGGUCUGCAUUUUAUAUAAUGUAUUUAUAUCAUAAAAAUACAUAUGUGAUAUUUCUUAUUAUAUAACUAGCUUAAAAAAAAAAACACAAACACUUGACCAUUGAACAAAAGAAGAAGAAAGAAGCCGCUGAUAUUAAAGUCAUGGGCACCCACGGGCAGAAACAUAAAUCAGCGUCUAUGCUGAAAGUAUUUUCCGUUUUUGGAAACGAAAGCUGAGUUUAUCUGCUUGCUUACCUUAAACAUCCGAGUAUGUCACGACCUACUUUCUGGAAUAUCCCCCAAAAGCACUUUGAACAGAACACCUGGCAAUUGAAAAUGUCUAUAUGUAAAAAAAUCUUUAUGAAAAAUUUCAGCUGCUCAUUUUAAUUUUGAGCUCUGGAGAAAGGAGCAGAUAAUUAUUGGCUCACAGCAACCCACAGCUGAAGACACAUAAAACAGUCCUCAACAGACAACGGAACAGCCAAUAUUGGGUUGUUAAAAAAGGUGCGCUCAUUCAAAACAGCUGCGUUCGAUCCUUCGCUGCCUGGGUUGAUUUAAAUCUAGCUUUUCUUUUGUGUUUGUGUCCCAAGUUCAAGUGACGCAGCAGUGACGAUUCUCUCCGGCCAAUCCGUGAUCAGCAGAGUUUACACGUCAUGGUUUGGUAACUGUAUGUUUCACUUGGAACCUCACCCGAAGUGGUACUAAAAAAAGUACCAGGUAGCUACUGUACCCUGUGGAAAACCCCCCAAAAGUGGGCCGUACUGAACAGUGCCUAAACCUAACAUUACAGUAAUCCAAAUACAGUAAGGUUCAGUGUGAGAAAUUUGACCAGUUUGUGGUCAGGUAGGAUAAUCUGACAGGUAGGAUGAAAUAUCUGCACAUGUGCUCUGUGUGUAAAUAACUUACAUAGGCUUGUGUAAAUUGUGUAAACUGCAUUUUUGUAAAUAUUCUAUAUAAUAUAUUAAUAUUUAGUACUGGAAUGCCCAGUACCACAAUAAAUCGCAGUCUGUCUUACACAUUUGACUAAUAAAAUGUAUUCUGACU